CGGCGCUCAGCGGUGGCCGGGCCAUGGGCGCGCAGGGACCCUGGGCUGUCCCCUGGCAGACAGUGCGGAGCCCGUCCGCGCGGGAGGACGCGGGACGGCAGCGCCGCGCGGGGGACGGCGGCUGAGGCCGCGGGCCUCGCACGGACGGGCGGACGGACGACGGCCGGGCCCCGCGCCCCCUGGGCGGCCGGCGGGCGCGGGCGGGGGCGGCGCUGACGCGGCGGUCACGUGACGCCCCAGGAAUGCCAACAAUGUAGCGAAUGUCCCGCUCGGGCUGCUCGCUGGGCCGCGGCGCGAGCGCCGGAAGAUGGGGCCGCCUGCCCGCCCGUCCGCCCGGCGCCCCGCGUCCCCGCCCGCCGGCCGCCCCCGGGCUUGGCGUCCCCCGCGAGGCCCCGGAGCCGCGGGCCAGGCGGCCGCGGACGGCGUAGACGGCGCGAGGUAGAGAUGAUCUUCAAAAUGAAGUCUCUGGAAAAUGUUCGGUUCUCUGCAGGAACUACAAAAAUGGAAGGAAAGAACAUUUUCAAAACAACAUUGUUGUGAAAGUUUGUUUACAACUAACUGAUACUGUUGAUGGUUUUGUUUUCGUUUUAACUAUUAAACACUUUAAGAAGAUUGUAUUUAUGGUCACAGGAAACUGGACUAACCAUGCGGCCGAAGACUUUUCCCGCCACGACCUACUCUGGGAACAGCCGGCAGCGGCUGCAGGAGAUCCGCGAGGGGCUGAAGCAGCCGCCCAAGGCCCCCACCCCGGGGCCGCCCGCGGGGCCGGGCAGUGACGCCGCCCUGGAUGCCAAGGCCCUGGGGGGCAAGGAUGCGGCCAGGCAGCAGCAGCAGACGAGGACAGCCCCGAAGUUCGGGCCUUACCAGAAAGCCCUGAGAGAAAUCAGAUACUCCUUGCUGCCCUUUGCGAAUGAAUCGGGCCCUUCGGCCGCCGCAGAAGUAAACCGACAAAUGCUGCAGGAACUGGUGGACGCGGGCUGUGACCAGGAGAUGGCGGGCAGGGCCCUCAAGCAGACCGGCAGCCGCAGCAUCGAGGCCGCCCUGGAGUUCAUCGGUAAGAUGGGUUACCUGGAGCCGGGCAAGGAGCAGAUCGUACGGGUCGUCAAGCAGACCUCUCCAGGAAAGGGCCUGGCGCCAGCCUCUGUGCCGCGGAGGCCGAGCUUCGAAGGAGCAGGUGACCCUUUCCCGCCCUACACCCAGGUGAGCGGGCCGGCCUUCGAGGGCCCCGCCGCCAUGGAGGAGGCGCCCCGCCAGUACCCGGACUUCCUCUUCGCCGCCGUCGGGCCUCACUGCCGUCCGCACCCACCCAAGGGCUACGCCACCGCCGGGGAGGCCACCGGGAUGAGCCUCCCCGGCCCCGGGGGCCCGGCGCCCCCGCUGCAGGGCCCGCACUACAGGGCCCCCCUGCUGGUGCCCGGGGAGCCCCUGGGCUAUGGCGUCCAGCGCAGCCCCUCCUUCCAGAGCAAGACCCCGCCGGAGGUCGGCGGGUACGCGGGCCUGGCCGCCAAGGGCCCGGCCGUGCAGGUGCAGGUGCAGCCCGGCCUCGCGUUCCCGCCCCCGGGCGGCGCCGCCGCGUACGCGCCCCACCCGCACCCCAAGCAGCCCCACCCGGUGCACGCGGGGGGCCCCCGGGGCGCCGUGUUCGCUGGCGACAGCCCCCCGCCGGGCCUGGCCACCCCCUCCCGGACCGGCCUCGGCGCCGAGCGGUUCGAGCCGAGCGCGCCCCCCGCGCCGCAGUGGCCGAGCGCCGGCCUGGCCCGGAGGGACUCGCUGCAGAAGCCGGGCCCCAGCAGGACCGGCUCCUUCAACGGCCACCAGGCGGCGGCCGCGCCCUCCCCCAACGCCAUCACGGCCGUGACGGCCGCGCACAUCCUGCACGCGGUGAAGAGCGUGCGGGUGAUGAGGCCCGAGCCCCAGACGGCCGUGGGGCCUUCGCACCCCGCCUGGGUGCCGCCGCCGGGCCCCGCGCUCGAGGGCCUGGAGCCCCAGGACGAGCAUCCCCCCGCCCCGGGGGGCGCCGAGGCGCGGGGCCGGCCCCCGCCCUACCCCCGGCACCUGCUGCGGCCGCAGGGCCGCGCCGAGCAGUACGACGUGGACGGCCUGUGCGCGGGGCUGCAGCAGGGCCUCCGGGGCAGCCGGGCCGCCGAGCCCCCCGACGGGAGCCCCAGGAGCCCCAGGGGCGCCAAAGGGGAGAAGGCGGGCAAGGACCGCAAGCAGAUCCAGACGUCCCCGGUACCCGUGCGCAGGGGCUGCCGCGACGAGGAGAAGCGCGAGUCGCGCAUCAAGAGCUACUCGCCGUCCGCCUUCAAGUUCUUCAUGGAGCAGCACGUGGAGAACGUGCUGAAGACCUACCAGCAGAAGGUGGCCCGCAGGCUGCAGCUGGAGCAGGAGAUGGCCAAGGCGGGGCUCUGCGAAGCUGAGCAGGAGCAGAUGAGGAAGAUCCUCUACCAGAAGGAGUCCAAUUACAACCGGCUCAAGAGGGCCAAGAUGGACAAGUCCAUGUUCGUGAAGGUGAAGACCCUGGGCGUCGGCGCCUUCGGGGAGGUGUGCCUGGCCUGCAAGGUGGACACGCACGCCCUGUACGCCAUGAAGACGCUGCGGAAGAAGGACGUCCUGAACCGCAACCAGGUGGCCCACGUGAAGGCCGAGAGGGACAUCCUGGCGGAAGCGGACAACGAGUGGGUGGUCAAGCUCUACUACUCCUUCCAGGACAAGGACAGCCUGUACUUCGUCAUGGACUACAUCCCGGGCGGCGACAUGAUGAGCCUGCUCAUCCGCAUGGAGGUGUUCCCCGAGCGCCUGGCCCGCUUCUACAUUGCGGAGCUGACGCUGGCCAUCGAGAGCGUCCACAAGAUGGGCUUCAUCCACCGCGACAUCAAGCCGGACAACAUUCUCAUAGACCUCGACGGCCACAUCAAGCUGACAGACUUCGGCCUCUGCACGGGCUUCAGGUGGACGCACAACUCCAAAUACUACCAGAGAGGGAGUCACACCAGGCAGGACAGCAUGGAGCCCAGCGACCUCUGGGAUGACGUGUCUAAUUGCCGCUGUGGAGACCGGCUCAAGACCCUGGAGCAGAGGGCGCGGAGGCAGCACCAGCGAUGUCUGGCUCAUUCCCUGGUUGGGACCCCAAAUUACAUCGCCCCAGAAGUGCUCCUCCGAAAAGGAUACACCCAGCUCUGCGACUGGUGGAGUGUUGGCGUGAUUCUCUUCGAGAUGCUGGUGGGGCAGCCGCCCUUCCUGGCACCGACUCCCACGGAGACCCAGCUGAAGGUGAUUAACUGGGAGAGCACGCUGCACAUCCCCGCGCAGGUGGAGCUGAGCCCCGAGGCCCGGGACCUCAUCGCCAAGCUCUGCUGCUCGGCUGAGCACCGGCUGGGCCGCAACGGGGCCGACGACCUGAAGGCCCACCCGUUCCUGGGCGCCAUCGACUUCUCCAGCGACAUCCGGAGGCAGCCUGCCCCCUACGUGCCCACGAUCAGCCACCCCAUGGACACGUCCAACUUCGACCCCGUGGACGAGGAGGGCCCCUGGCAGGACGGCAGCGAGGACAGCUCCAAGGCCUGGGAUGCACUGGGGCCCCCAGGCAGCCGGCACCCCGAGCACGCCUUCUAUGAGUUCACCUUCCGGAGGUUCUUCGACGACAACGGCUACCCGUUCCGGUGCCCCAAGCCUGCGGUGGCCGAGACCGGGACUGAGGCCGAGCAGCCAGCUACGGGGGGCCCGGCCCCGGGGGCACAGGCCGGGGGCUGCCAGCCUGUAUACGUGUAGACCCUGGGAGGCCGGGAGGCCAGCCCCUCAGGCCGGUCGGUCGGCCUGUUGCCCCUCGAAAGUCUGGUCUGCACCCAAAACCAAAGCAGAAAAGCUUCUGUAGGAGGACUCGCCUCUGACGUCUUCUCCACGUUCUGGUUGAUGGCGGGGCAGGUGUCAGCAUGGCCUGGAAUUGGCUUUUGAGGACCUUCACUGCAUUAAAACAAUAUUUUUUAAAAUUAGUACAGUUUAGAAAGAGCACUUAUUUUGUUUAUAGCCAUUUUUCUUACUAAAUUAUAGGGAUUAAUUUUGACAAAUCAUGCUGCUGUUAUUUUCUACGUUUGUAUUUUAUCCACAGCACUUAUUCACAUUUAGGGAAAGACGUAAAGAUUGAAGAACAUGUGAUAAGAAAUCUCUGUGCAAUAAUGUAAAAAAAAAAAAGAUAACACUGUUCUGAUGUUACUGAUACCAUUUUAUUCACACAGUGGUUUUUGUUUUAUAUUUUUCCCACAUUUCAAAAUUGUGAUAUAUGUUAAAAGCUGCUUUUGUUUUGUUCUGUUUGCUUUUUGCAUAUUAUAGUAUAAUAGGAAGUGUGAGCAGGUGAUCACGCGGGUGUGACUUCAGAUGCCAAGUGUGGAGAGAUCGCUGCAUGAACAGGGUUUUUCUAUUAAAGCGUGACCGUGUCUUGCCAUUCACAGCGGGUUCUGUGAAUACGUUUUGAGUGAGUAAUUCCGGACAGUGUGCUGAUGCCGUGUCGUCCUGUGGUGCCUUCCUCGCUGUGACUGCACCCCUCCUCUCUCGUUGAGGAAAUGCACGUGUGCCUGAGAGCUGAUGUGACUGUAUGUGUCGUGGGUGUGAUUGGAUUCUUUGGGGGGCAAAGACGUUUGUCCUACACUACACUUGUGUACAUCAAAAGGGAUUCUCUUAGCUCUGCCAAAAAAAUGUAACUCAGUCGUUGUCCUCUGUCUGCCUCGCGAGUCAGGAUGCUGUCCUGGUGGUACGGCCGCCACGGGUAGCCGGAGCCCCACCCGGCAGACACCCCGCGGAAGGGCAGUGAUCUUGGAGUUCUCUCACCGUGUUUCUAGUGUGCUUUGAAGGAUCCAUCUUAACUUGGUUUCAGAAGCACAUUUUUCUAAUCUUUGUGAAACAGCAAAGUGAUGUUGAAAAAGAAAAGAUAUUUAAGCCAUACAUAUUUUCUUAGGAGUGUAAAUGUAUAUAUAACUACAUAGAUAAACACAAAAUAUUCCUAUUUCAAAUUAGUAUGAUUCCUAUUUAAAGUGAUUUAUAUUUGAAUAAAAAGUUAAAUUCUUGUUUUGCUUUUUAAAAACCUGAUGCAUCAUAUUUUUCAUUAUAUUACUCCAUGUAUUUUUCCUUGAGGUUUUUAGCAUAACGUAUCCAUUAGUUAGUGUAUCUCUAGGCAGCACACUUACGCGUCUAUCGAUGGCUAAACUGAAGAUGAUUCUUGUGUACUGGUUUACAUGUGUGUGAGUGGCAGGUUCUGGGUCUGCUGUGCUGUGUCGUGACUGUCAGUGUUUCUCUAGUUUUGCAGUAACGCCGUGUUGUUAUUUACGCUCUGACAGACGUCAUGUGGUAGGUUCUUUCUCAGGAACUCAAUUUAACUAUUAUUUAUUGAUAUAUCAUUGCCUUUGAAAAGCUUCUACUGGCACAAUUUAUUAUUAAAGUUUUG